GCCAGCUCUGUUGUCUGUCAGUCUUUCGGAUCAAAGACAGUGAUACUCACGAGCUUCAGGAAGAUAAGGCUGCUGGGAUAUUUUCCCUCCUGUAGUAAAACUAGGCCCAACCAAACAGACUGGGAACUUACUGUCUGUUUUCUAGGAUGAGUUUUACUGGUAAAACUAGAUGUGUCCUAGACUCUUAAGGGGCCUGUUUAUACUGAGUAUAUUUUGAAUGCCAACGUUCAAGUGGGACAAGGAAAUCACAUUCUAAGGUCAGCAGUCUUUCUACAGUUCCCUGAAAGAUGGCAGAUGAAUUCUUCCAUGCUGGAAAGGAAAACUGCAGUGAGCAGGCCAGAAGAAGCCAAGUCUCUGGUCCACGUUCACAAUUCCAGAGAAGUUUUAUCCAGAGAGUAACGUUGCUGGGAAAGCUACCCACCAGAUUUGUCCUCCAUCGGGAAAGAAAGCAGAAGGUUGCUGCUAUACUGGGGGUUGACCAAGAAGCCAUGAAGUCUCUUCCAGAGGGAGACUUAGACCAUUGCCUGCUGAGCAAGGUGGACCUGAGGCGGCAGCAGAUUUCUCAGACCAUGGAGGAGGUGCAGAAAAUCAUCCACCUGCUAACUGCAGAAAUCAGCCGCCAGGACAGUCGCUUCGAAGCCGUGCCUGUCUCUGACACACACAACGAGAGCAUUAAGGUUUUGGCCCCCAGCCUCUUCCAUGUCACCGUCCCACUGAAAGGCCUUGCAGGGUACAAGGGGAUCCGGACGCAGCGCUGGCGGUACUACAACUUGCAGGGCGCCAAGCUCACCUGCCCUCUGCGGGACCCCGAAGGCCUGCAACAGUGGCUGGAGACUGAGAUGUUCAUGAAGACCCUGUGGCAGUGGCACAAGGCAGAUGUGAACAUUGAGGGGGACAUUGUGCCAGCCAAAGUCCUGCAGGUGUUCCGGAUGCUGGUGGAAAAUGCAGUGAGAACCUGUCAUCUCUCAGGCAAAGUCACUGUGCUAGAAAAACGCACUACGGUUUGGGUUGCCGUGGAAACGUCCACAGGCCAGGUGGAGCUGGAGCUGGCCCCCACCGUGGAGAUCCCCACCACCUGGCCUGAGAAAGCCCAGUGGCCUCGGUGUCUGAAGCGAUGGCCUUCCCCAGAGAGAGUGGAGUGCAUCAAGUCCUUUGGGUUUAACUUGGUGGCCCAGUCCGCCUAUCACUGGCAGCUGAGUUUCUCCCAGGCAGAGCAGGUGCUGUUCGAGCAGCUGGACGAGGAUGGAGGCUGCCGCCGGCAAUGCUUUCAGGUCCUGAGGCAGCUGAAGGAGGAUGUGUGGUGUCCAGGGAGGAGGCCAGUCAUCACCACCCACCACCUGCAGACCGUGCUCUUCUGGACUUGUGAGAAAUACCCCCACCUGAAGGAUUGGCAGGUCUUCCAUCAAGCCCUCCUGCGCCUCGCCCGGAAGCUGCACAGGUGUGUGAGCCAGCACUUCCUGAAGCACUAUUUUGUUCCAAAGAGCAACCUCCUUCAGUCAGCUAACCCAAGCGAGCUGGAUGCGGUGGCCCAGAAAGUGGCCUUUUUCCUAAAGAACCCGCAGGUCGAGCUGCCCUGAGCUGGCCCAAGGAGCCCUUGUUUCAUUCCUUCCUGCUUGACUUUGUUCUCGGGAUGGUUCCUCUGUCAGCUGCCAGGAUCCUGUGCUAGAGACAGCCUACCACUGACAGAGAGAAUGAACCAGGCCAUCAGCUAGCUCACCAGAGACAAAACUGCUCCUGCCCCAGGUCAUACAAGCAUUUCAUCUUCCCUACCUCUCCUGGGGACGGCUCUCCUCCAGCUUCCCCAGUGACUGAUUCUCCAUGCUCAGGAGAUGGGCUCAGGGCAGGCCAGGCAUUAGUCUGCAGCUGGUGAAUUCUCCAGCUGGCUAGACCAGAAACCAUACCAUGACAGACAGCCUACCAGUGGCUGGUGUCCUUUUUAACUCUCUGCACUCCAGCUCCAAGCAGAGGCCAGUGGGUCCCGUUCCUCUCUCAAGUGUGGGGAGUCAUUGUAAGUCUCAGGGAAAGUUCCAGAGAAGGAUGCAGCUGGAACUCUACCUGUCGCCUGACUCGUCACAACCCCCUCUGCCACGGUCAAGCCUAGAACUUGCUUCCAUUUCAGGAGCGAGCUCUGUGCUGUGGCCUGGCAUGUCCUUCACAUCUGGAUGUGAGCUCCAUCAGUUCACUCCCUCACUGACACAUAAAUACUCACUAGGCACUGAGAAUACAGGGACGCACAAGACAGACUCACUGGAGAAGACAGAAAGCACACAGUAAAUCGGUAAAUUCUGUCACCACACACAGAAGGAAGAUCCUGAGGGAACGUGUGGACAG